UGUCUUAUUCCCACUUUCACCAUAGACAGUGGCUCGGAUUCUUCUGAACCUUAAUCAAUGGGGGAAGAUUUCAUUCCAGCCAUCCAAUCUCUCUGGACAGGGCACCGUUCCCUAAGCUAGGAAGUUCCCACUUGCUUCCUAUUCUUGUCUUUACGUUGAGUGCAGAUCCUUAAGAGGAUGGAUCUCGUCUACUGGGCAUUUGUCAUUUUCUGCCAGUGGAUUCUACAAAAGGUACUCUGCUUAGAAGGCCACAUAUCAAAAACGUUAGGAUACGUUGACCUGGGGGCAACUGGAAUGGUAAAGAGUAAUCCAUAUGGCACAACAAAGCCUCAUUCUAUCCACCCUUAUAAGGUCCUCUCUAGUGAUCCAUUCAAAGCAAAACACCCAAUCCAGAAUCCUCUUAGUCCAUGGGAAUGGAGCAAAAACCAGACACUGCUGAGUGGGGGAGUUGGCCAAAGAGCAAAGCGUAAACCUUCUCUGAAGAUUGGGAGGACCAAGAAGAUCUUUGGUUGGGGAGAUUUCUACUUCAACAUCAAGACAGUCAAGUUUAGUCUGCUGGUUACUGGUAAAAUCGUGGACCAUAUUAAUGGGACUUUCAGUGUUUAUUUCCGGUAUAACUCCUCAAGUCUAGGCAAUGUAUCUGUCAGCAUUGUACCUCCUACAAAGGUGGUAGAGUUCGACCUCCUUCAGCAGUCUACUUUGGAUACCAGAGAAACCAAGAUUUUUAAUUGUAGGGUGGAAUACGAAAAGACCAAUAGCGCCUUUAAGAAUAAGCCUUGUCUUUAUGACCCGGCCAAAUCAUGUUAUAUGGAACAUACUCAAAGUCACGCUGCUUGGCUUUGUGCCAAACCUUUUAAAGUUAUCUGCAUCUUCAUCUCUUUCUACAGCAUUGACUACAAGUUGGUGCAAAAGGUGUGCCCAGAUUACAACUUCCAGAACGAGAAUCCCUACUUUGGUUGAUGGACACACUGGCAGGGAGGUCAGCAAACGGUUUCACGUGUGAAGGGGGUGAUGCAGUUGGUCCAUUAGGCAUGAGGUCCAGGGUAUACUACGUUGACCACUUUACUUUAUAUGACCAGGUGCAUCUGGGACUAAGUUAUACUACAUAUCAAUAAAUUAGACUUUCUGGAAAAAAAAA